UCCAAAUUGGAGCCUAACCAAUAAUUAUCUUUUAGAAAGGUAGCAGACACACAAGGAUAAUGGCUCAGUCAACUAGUAGUAACUCUGGAAAGAAGCUUGUUCAAAUUGAUGUCAGUUCAGAUACAGUAUGCCCAUGGUGCUUUGUGGGCAAAAGAAACUUGGACAAAGCUAUUGCUGCAUGUAAGGAUCAAUUUGACUUUGAGAUUAAAUGGCACCCAUUUUUUCUUAAUCCUUCUGCACCUAAAGAAGGUGUCAAUAAGAGAGAAUAUUAUGAGAAGAAGUUUGGAUCUCGAGCUGAAGGAAUCAUAACUCGGAUGACUGAGGUUUUUAGAAAUCUUGGACUGGAAUAUAACAUGUCUGGACUCACGGGAAGUACUCUUGACAGCCACAGGCUUAUAUAUUUUGCUGGGCAGCAGGGCCUUGAUAAGCAACAUAAUCUUGUGGAGGAGCUUUGUCUUGGCUACUUCACUCAGGGAAAAUACAUUGGUGAGAGGGAAUUUCUUCUGGAGUGUGCUAGCAAGGUUGGGGUGGAAGGAGGAGCAGAGUUUCUUGAGGACGCUAACAAUGGACUUAAGGAGGUUAAUGAGGAGCUCAACAAGUACUCUUCUCAUAUCUCUGGAGUCCCUCAUUAUGUGAUAAAUGGGAAACACCAGCUGAGCGGAGGCCAACCACCUGAAGUCUUCAUGAGAGCUUUUCAAGUGACUACAAACUGAUGUUACUUCCCCGCAGCAGAUAUUCAAAGUAAAAAUGCUCAAUUAGCUACCAAUAAAAUUUCCCUGUAAUAUGAAAUUUCUAGAUACAGUAUAAACCUUCAUCUUUUACAGAAAAACGAAUCAAUGAUCUAAGCUUUCUACCCAUAACUUGAAAUACUCUUUACAGUGCUCCAAUUUUCGUGUUUUUCUAUACUAACUUCGUUGAGUUUACAGAGAAUCAACCAGCAUGGUAAUU